AAUAUUUGAAACCUUGUUAAAUCUUUUUAAAGUGUUUACGACAUAUUUGAAAUAUUUAAAAAAUAUUUCAUAGCAUUUGUGAAGUUAUGGAAAUCUUUGGGAAAACAUUGAAAUCUUUGUGCAAUGGAUUAUGGGGUGUCGUUAUGUGCGUGUCCUAAUUCCACUUUCAACUCUGCACCCCACGACUGGCGCUGACACUUCAAGUAGUUAAGACUGAUUAACCAAAAUAAACUGCGAGAUCGGAUGGAGAUCUCCGCCUGGAAGAUUCUGUGUCUUUUGACUUCACAUAGGGAGUUUCCAAACGUGAAAAUGGAAUUGGAAGAGAAUGGAGAUAGGAGAUUCCCGAUUGGAGAGUUUAGAGCCAUUUGACGUCAUGGUGUAGAGGGUUUCUGCGGAGAAAAGAAAGUAUACAAGCAAUUCUUAAUAUUUUAAGGUUACAAAAUACUAUCCUUAUAGUUUAAGGAUUUUUUUGAAACGUAUGUCAAGUCAUCUUAAGAAAUACAGAAAGGUUUGCAGAUACAUUAUUAUGUAAAUCCGUGGAUUUAAUUUCAAUUUCAUUAAAAACAAUGAUUAUAUAAUUAUAUACAGAUAAAAAGAGAUACAAGUAAAUAUGAAAUACAGAUACGAAUGCAAAUAAAGAUUAAAUACAGAUAUAGAUACAGAUAAAGAUUUAAAAUAGAUAAAGAUACAGAUACAAAUGAAGAUAUAGACAUGUAAAUAACCGAGAUCACAUACAUAUAUAAUUAAUUUUUAAAAUAUUUUCAGUGUAAUAAGUAAUGAAAAUAUAGUACGCCAUUUCAUAUACUAUUUCUAUUGCUAAAAAAAUUUUAAUAUGCCCAGAAGCAAUAUUCAGCGAAUCGAACUUGAAAAAGAAUAGUUUCAAAUAAUGAAACGUCAAAAAAAUGCUGAUCACCAGAGAAGAUAUCGUGAAAGAAAUCAGAAUCGCACUGAUCAGGUUCACCAGGUGGAAAAUAAAGAAAAAUCAGUUGCGCCUUCGCGAUAUCAGAAUUAAAGAUAUCAAUGAACAUUUCUUCGGACAAAUGAAUGUUACGUGUGUUCAUUGUGGUGCUAUGCACUUUGCUGCUGAAAAAGUCGCUAAUAAGAGAAAUUCUUUUAAUGAUUGUUGCGGCCAUGGAGAAGUUAAGUUGGAACCGCUGCCUGCUCCACCUAUGAUUUUGAGAGAUUUAUUCAACCGAACUCACGAACAAACAAAUCAUUUUCAUCAGCGUAUACGUUGCUAUAAUAAUUCUUUCGCUUUCGCAGCAUUUAAUGCUAAUUUAGUGAAUUUUAAUAAUAACAGACGAGCUGGGCGAUUCUGUUUAGAAAUAUUUAGUCAGGUUUAUUAUCAGAUAAACACUUCCCUGUAUCCUUCUGUAGAUCAUAGUCCUUCAUAUGGCCAAUUAUUUAUAAUAGAUGAAAAUGAGGCUACAAAUAUUCGAUGUAACCACACUUCUACGUUAAAUUUAGAUGUUACAAAUGAUAUAGAUAAUGCUCUUCGCGAAUGUAAUGUGUUUUCGAAAUCGUAUCAGAUAUGCACGAGAAAUUAUAAAAAAACAAUUGUAGAAGUGCGGAAUAAAUUUAAAUAUGCUAUGUCACGAGAUUUUCAGAGAAACUAUAAUAUACAAGAAGCUUACAUAAGAUCAUAUAUUCAGAUUAAUACCUAUCUUUCUUACGAAAGAUUCGAUAUUAGUAGGUUUCCAACGAUGCCACAAAUAACUGAAUUUCGAAACGAUAUUGAGAUUCACGAUGACGAGGUAUCGCUUACUCAACAUGAACAACUCGGUCAGACUUACCAUAGUACUACAAAUUAAAUUGAAAACAAAAAGAAAUUGUACACGCAAUCCUUAAUGUCGCUUUGUCGAACGAAGAAAGGCCUUUUACAUCAUGUCUUUAUAUUGAUGCAUCUGGUGGCUCAAGAAAGACGUACAUUUAUACUACUAAAUAUCAUUUGUUAAAAGACAAGAGAAAAAAUAUAUGUACGAUGGAAUUCACAGGUAUUGCAGCAAUAUUACUUCCACAAGGAAAGAUCGUACAUAAAACUUUCGGCACCUCAGUUCCUUUAUUUUCUGAUUCUGUCCCUCGUAUAAAAACUCAAUCUAAAGAUGCUCAAUACUUACGAGAAGUAGAUAUUUUUAUUUG